CAUCGAGGACGUCAAGUCUGUUGUGCGGCGACGGUUUCUGCUGCGGAAUCUCGGCCUUGAGGUCUUCUUCCGCUCCGGCGACACGCUCUACCUUGCGUUCCAGAACAAGGACGACAGGGAUGAUUUCUUGACGGCACUGCUGCGCCAGCCAUGUCUCAAGCUCGAGGAGGACAGCAAAGACAACGUGAUGAUUGCGUGGCAGAACGGGGCCAUUUCCAACUUUGAUUACCUCAUGUACCUCAACAACCUCGCAGACCGCAGCUUUACUGACCUCGCACAGUACCCGGUCUUCCCCUGGGUGAUCAAGGACUACACGAGCGACACCCUCGAUCUCGAAAAUCCAGAGACGUUCCGUGACCUCUCAAAGCCAAUGGGCGCGCAAAACCCGGAGCGACUCAAGGACUUCAUCAACAGAUACAACGAGAUGCCGGCUCCCAAGUUCCAUUACGGCACACAUUACUCCACGCCAGGAUAUGUCCUCUUCUACACACUUCGCGCAGCGCCAGAGUAUAGCCUCAAUCUCCAGAACGGCAAAUUUGACGCUGCGGAUCGCCUGUUCCGGUCCAUCGCAGACACGUGGAACAACGCAUACUCAGGCAUGGCGGACGUGAAGGAGUUGAUUCCCGAGUUUUACAUGCAGUCCACCGAUUUCCUGCUCAACCUCAACAACCUUGACCUCGGCGUCACGCAGCGCGGCGAGCGGGUUGGCGACGUGAUUCUGCCGCCAUGGGCCGACAGCGCAGCUGACUUUCUGGCCAAAUGCCGCGAGGCGCUGGAGUGCGACUAUGUGUCGCAGCGCAUACACCACUGGAUCGAUCUCAUCUUUGGUUACAAGCAGACCGGCCCGGAAGCCGUCAAGGCACACAACCUCUUCUAUUAUCUCACCUAUGAGGGCGAGCUUGAUCUGGAUGCCGUCUCGGAUCCCGCCGAGCGAAAGGCGUUUGAGGUGCAGAUUAUGGAGUUUGGGCAGACGCCGCGCCUCCUCUUCAGCGUUCCGCACCCGCAGCGAAGACUGCCGUGCGUGCAACGGCCGCUCGGUCCUGCAGACGCAUCCGCUCCCAUGGAUGAGAUGACGGGUGACGCUGUACCAUCGCUGGACGAAGACGACGACGAGGCGGGGACUCACGCUGACGACACCACCGACCACGGGGACGAUGCCGGCGUUGUGACGAAACACCUGGAGGUUGACGUGCCCUUGGUGGUGGAACAGCAAACGCCGUCCGCGGUUGUCGACUGGAGUGUGAUGCUCAACCUGACACACAUGGCGACGCUGCCCAUCCACCGCGAAGGCAUCACGGGCCUGGCCCUCUCACACGACAGCAACACCUUGUUCUCCGUCUCUCAAGAUUCGAAGUUGAAGGUGCACGAUCUGCGGAGUCACGAGGAAGUCAUCGGCCAACGCAUCGGUGACUCGUCCCUGUCGGCCGUCCUCCUCUUCCCAGACAACGACACGCUGUUGGUUGCGAGUUGGGACAGCUGCUUGUAUCUCUACUCCGUCGAGCUUGGCAGUGUCCUGUCUCAAUGGCAAGCGCACCACGAUGCCGUGUCGACGGUGAAGCUGUUCAGAUCAAGCGACGACAACAGGACUGUCACCGUCCUCUCCGCUUCUUGGGAUGGAUCCAUCAAGGUGUGGGAGCUUGAGAGUGACGGCACGACGUGGUCCUACGUGUGCGUCUCUGAUCUUGGCGAGCACGCUGUCGACAUCACGGCGCUCGCCGUCCAUCCGGAACGGCAACUGGCCAUCAGCGGCGACAAUGAGGGGCACAUGGCUGUGUGGGACUUGGCGGAUUACACGGAGCAGCGGAGAAUAUCCGAUCUCCAUUUCCAGGCCAUCAACGACCUGUGCUUCACACCCGAUGGAAAACGCCUCAUCACUUGCUCAAGUGACUGCACGCUCAAGGUUGUGCUGCUGGACUCGCUGGUUGAGGCGAUGGUGGUCACCCUGGACCAGGAGCCGCACUGCAUCGCAACAGAUGGGACCUUUAUUCUUGUGGGGUGCGAGGAUGGAGCCAUUGAACUGUGGGACUCCACGCAUCGCACACUCGUGCAAUCCUUCCGUCAACACAAAGCUGCUGUGCGGGCGAUUGCUGUUGCUUCGGAUGCGUCGUGCGUGGUGUCUGGGGAUGAGGAUGCGUGCUUUACCCAUUGGAUCGUGCAAGAUGCUGACAGCGAAACGGAUGUGUUGUCUUCCUUGUAGCUGCCGCGUCGACGCAUGUGGUGUGUGUGUGCGUGUGUGUGUGUGUGUGUGUGUGUGUUGCUGUUCGCGUCAGUACAUAGUCAAUCUUGG